AAGGCGGUAUAUAAGCCCCAGUUGGACGCUGUUCAAAUCAGUUCACCGCCAAUUACGGUAUCUAGAGCAACCCAAUCCAACCAAUCUAAAAUGGCAUUCAAAUUCACCCUUCUGUUCGCCGCCUGCAUCGCUGUGGCCAGCGCUGGCCUCAUCCCCGCCGCCGCUCCCUUGGCUGCCGUCGCCCAGGUGGAGGAGUACGACCCCCAUCCCCAGUACACCUACGGCUAUGACGUCAAGGACGCCAUCUCCGGCGACUCGAAGACCCAGGUGGAGAGCCGUGACGGCGACAUUGUCCAGGGCCAGUACUCGCUGAACGACGCCGAUGGUUACCGCCGCAUUGUGGACUACACCGCCGACCCCAUCAACGGAUUCAACGCUGUUGUCCGCCGUGAACCCCUCGUUGCCGCUGUUGCCGCCGCUCCCGUUGCUGCUGCCCCCGCUCCAGUAGUCCGUGCUGCUGCCCCCGUUGCCGUUGCUGCCCCAGUGGCCGCUCCCAUUGUCCGUGCCGCUCCUCUGGCCGCUGCUUACGCCGCUGCCCCAGCUCCCCUGGCUGCUGCCUACGCCGCUGCCCCCGCUCCCCUGGCUUAUGCUGCCCCAGCGCCCGUCGUCAAAGCCGCCGUCGCCGCUCCUCUGGUCGCCGCCGGCCCCGCUAUCGUCAAGACCCAGUUCGCUUCGCCUCUUAUCUCGUACGCCUAUUAAAAUCCCGUAAAAUAGGUGACCACGACCCGAUAAUUGCCGUUAGUUGUUAUUGAAUAAAAGGAUGUGAUUUAAAUGAAUGAAA